AUGGAGUACGAUGCCGAAAAGGGUCACGGCGCGCCCGACUAUGCCACCGACACCAAAGCCACUCUGAACGUGAGCAGUUCCAAUGACGACUCAUCUCCCUCAGACGUGCGCAACGGCAAUGGCAUCCUCGCAAAGCUUAGCGCUAUUGAACGGCGGAUGGACAAGAAGUUUGGCAUGGAGUCGGAAGCCAUUGUUCGCAAACGCCCCGAGGAUAAGCGGCCAGUGCACUGGAGGGAGGAGUUGUCAAUGGCUCUGCUCUGGGCAAGUGGUACCAUGAAUAUUUCGUGUUUCGCAACUGGUUUUCUCGGUUGGGAAUUUGGGCUAAGUCUCAAACAAUCAAUCGUUAUCACCAUCUUUGCUUCGAUUCUGGGUGGAGCCGUGACCGCGUACUGUGCUUCGUUUGGAGCCGCGACUGGUCUACGCCAAGUCAGCGUCGGUCGUUUCAGUUUCGGAUGGUGGCCGAACAAGCUCAUUGCCAUUCUCAACGGUAUCCAGCAAUUGGGUUGGGCCGCCGUUGCUUGCAUUACCGGUGGUCUCGCCUUGACUGCCGUCUCUGACGGUCAUGUGUCGUUGGUGCUCGGCAUCGUCAUCCUCGCCGUCGUUGCCUUGAUAAUAUCCUGUUUUGGAUUGAAAUAUAUUCUGAUCUAUGAGCGCUAUGCGUGGAUCAUCUUUUUCAUCAUCUUCCUCAUCAUCUUCGGCGAAACCAGCAAGUAUGCCGACAACACAACUCCAGCUACUGCCACGGGAGCGAACCUCUCUGCAUCUGUCUUGAAUUUAUUGGCAAUUGUCUACGGUUCAAGUGCUUCUUGGUCCACCAUGGCCAGUGACUACUACGCUCACUACCCGGUAAACGUCAGCCGUCUCAAGGUGUUCUUCAUGACUACUUUUGGUAUUGGUAUCCCGACAUCAAUCGGCAUGGUGGCGGGAUGUGUUGUUGCUUCUGCAUUCAACAACCGACCCGACUGGCAAGAUACCUAUGAGAACCAAGGCAUUGGAUACCUCAUUCAAGACAUGCUCUACCCACAUGGCUUUGCCAAGUUCCUGCUCACCCUUCUCGUCUUAUCUGGCAUCAAUGUGAAUAUCAUCAGCAUCUACAGCUCGGGUAUUUCAUUCCAACAAGUCUCGAGACCCUUUGCAGCAAUUCCUCGUUUCAUCUGGACACUCUUGUGCUUCGCAGCUAUCCUCGGUCUUGCGCUUGGUGGCCGUCAGCAACUCAAUACAUAUCUUCAAGAUUUCCUCGCUCUUCUCGGCUAUUGGUGCACAAGCUACACAAUCAUUCUAUUCGAGGAACAUGUUUUCUUCCGCAAAGGCAAUUUCGACAACUAUGAUCUCGAAGCAUGGAAUGACCCGUCCAGACUACCUCAUGGUAUCGGCGCAGCCGUUGCGUUCCUUCUCGGCGUGGUUGCCUGGUGCAUGGGUAUGGAUGAGACAUGGUUUGUUGGACCUCUGGCGAAGCUCAUCGGUGACGGUGGCGGUGAUGUUGCCAACGAAUUCACUUUUGUAGUGACCGCUUUGUCGUAUCUACCGGCUCGUUAUCUCGAGCUCAAGUAUUUCGGCCGUUGA